AUGGUGUGUAAAAAGUCUCUUGUUGACUGGCGCCCAUGCGGGGAUUAUCGGCGAUUGAACACCUGGUUUAAUUUCAGUGAGAAACAAGACAUCCUUAUCGUUGGGGACUUUAAUGCUCCUGGUGUUGAUUGGCAGACGUGGACUGCACAGGGUCUUCCAGACAACUUCAAUCACAAACUACUACAAUGGACCACCGACAAACUGCUCUGCCAGAUCUUUACGUUUGGAACAUGGGCUAGGGAAGGACAACAGUCGAACUGUCUUGACCUUAUCUUUACCCUAGAGGAGGAAUCUGUGAUUGACCUGCAGGAUCGACCCCAUUAG